UUAAAAGAGGAAGCGAAAAUGCUGUAUUUCCGCUGCAGCAGCGAGAACGGGUAUGUGAAAAAAGAAAAGAAAAUGUGGAUCGAAAGGAUAAAUUGAGGCCGGAGAAGGACCGUUGAACUACAAAUAUCGUAUGCGUCGAGUCAGGUCGACAGGCAGGUCAUAUUGUUUAAAGUUCCCUAUCGAAUAUUUCACAGUGUAAAGGGUCUUUUCGAGGUGAACUCGUCCUCUUCUCUGGUGGUUCGCUUUAAGGAAGCAGUAGCUUGGCUAGCCAGCUGAAUAAGCUAGCCUGCUAGAGAUGGGGACGAGAGCAAGUCGCCUACAGGAAGAGCCGCUUCCCUCUCCUUUCGGAAAAGACGGUACAAAGCGGGAUUCCUAUCGGCGACCCCGCUGCACCAGGCCCACCAGCCUCGUGGUAGACUUCUCCGGGAGUUUCGAGGACACGGAGGUCAACCGGAGCCGAUCGGAGGAGGGCAGUGACUCGGAUUUGGGGCAGCAUGGGGCGAGUGCCGACGGUAGCCCCGCUGACCACCACAACAUCCCCUCUAGCAUUAGCCAGGCGUCACCUACGGACGACAACAACAGCGAGGGGAAACCGGAGGAAGACGGGAAUAUAAGUCCUGAAGCUCCCGUCGACGCGGAGCCGCAGUCUGGACAGGAGACAGGCCGCACGCCCUACCGCACUUUUUCCGAGCGGCUAUCCGGGAAUCGGCACUCUUCCACCCGCAGCGUCACCGCAAGGUCCGCCCGAGUCCGAAGCACACACCAACGUCCAGUGUCAGAGGCUUGGAUCGGCCUCUAUCGUGUUAACAACCGCCAUGGCAAUAUCCGUUGCCCUUUCUGCUCAAAACCUUUCCCAGGGGGUCGGAUUGAGGAUCACCUGUUGAGCUGCCUCACAUCUCCUCCCCUACCCUACAAUACGGAUGUGCUCAGUAAAGACAGUGGCGAGUGUUCCAUCUGUUUGGAGGAUCUGGUACAGGGAGAGACCAUCGCUAGGCUGGCUUGUCUCUGUGUCUACCAUAAGAGCUGCAUUGAUUCCUGGUCUAAGGUGAAGCCCUGCUGCCCUGAACACCCCUUCAACUGAUUCACGGGUCAGAUGUAUUCCGCACAAUAUCCAACCCGACUCAGGAGACUACACUGAAUCCCAAUAAAAUCCCAAUAAAAUGUGUAAUUGAACAAAUAAAAGCUGACUCCUUCUCUGAUGCAAACCUGUAUUUGAGUGGAGAACAGACAAUCCCAAGAGGAAGCUACAGUUAACGACACCCAAUGCUCUCCAUUUGGAUCAGUCCUUUUGAUCUUGGUCUCCGCCAACAAAAAAAAACAAACAAAAAAACAA